AUGGGCGGACGUGUCUACCUGGUGCGCCUACACAGUUCGAACGACACGACCAUCACGCUCUGGUCGACAAGCGGGCCAGUGCUCACGCACACACUACACGCUGCCGACGGGCGGUCGAUGCGAGCGCAGCCGGCGCUACUCGACGCUUACGUGGCGCGACUGCAGCCGCUCCUGCGAAUCGCAGCGCCGCACUGCGACGCGUCGCCAUCGUUGCAUCUGGUCGGUAUACACGGCACCGACACCAUUGUGGCUUCCGUCGAUCUCACGGCAGCUAGCUCGUAUGCCGACGUCCGUCGGUUGCUUCUCGACCUGCCGAAAGUACCGCAGCCGUAUGCGUUCCUGUAUCGCGGCAGCAUCCUUGGACGUGCGCUGGAGCCAAGUCGGCGCCCGUGGUGUAUCUCGCCGCCGCGUCGCAUUGAUAUUCAGUUGCAGACGCGACAAGAGACGCGUCACCAUGUGUUUGUGCCAACUGCGAUAGACAAACACUAUAAUUGGCUCUUCCCCCACGAGAUCUCGGACAUGGACCGCGAUAUCGAAAAGCGCGACGAAGCGCGGCGGCAACGGGCCGCGGCGUCGCCCCCGCGCACGCACUGCACGCUCACACUCCACGUGGACAUUCCGUCUGCCGUGCUCACCGUCGACGUACGUGCCACCGUUUCGACAACGCUGCAGGACGUUCUGGACGCGCUGCGAUGCGAGCAUGGGAUCGACGCUGCGUCGACCCACGACGUGUGCGUCCUGUCAACCCCGCAUACGAUACUGCCGAUCACAACACGACUGAGUGCAGCCAACAUUGGACACGGCAGUGCUCUCAGCUUGCACCACCGGCGCGUCGACGUAGCCCUUGUGUGCGCCGGCACACUCACGGUGCUUUGCCCACCCGACACGCUUCGUUGCAGCCAUAGCGCUAUGACGCAGGCGCGCUUUAGCCACUGGCAGCUCUCGCCGGGCGAUUCUUUGUCACUCGAUGGUGACACGUACACCGUCACGGCCGUCAACAUGGCGGCUGGUACCGUCACGGUCCAUCCUGCCGUCGUGACGGACGACCGCUGGGACCUACUUGGCACCAAACAUCUGCGCCAAGUGCUCGUGGACCCUCGGUUUCCCUGGGAGCUCGAUGGCCGCAUGGAGCAGUACCUCGCAUCGCACGUGGCGAGUACCGCGACGACAACGCAAUUCAGCGUCGAGCUAUGCACGCGCGUCUUGCUAGAGACAGUGGCGUCCCAGCUGCACCUCGUCCAGGCAGCGGUGCAGACGCUCCCGCUCGACAUUUGCGUUGGUAUCCUCUACGACGACCUCUGCACCACCUUUCCUGUCACCCACGGCGUCACCAACGUCAAGUUCUCAUUGUUCCUCAAGAGCUACCGGCUCCACACGGUGCUGCUCCUCACUUCGGCUGCCAGCGUCCACGCCUACUUUUCACUGCAUUUGCGACCGCAUCAAUCGUCGCUUCUGCUGCCCGACUGGAAAACGUGCUUGGUGGCGAUGGCGCACAGUACGUACAAGCACGUCCCGGCCGCGCACCCGCCGCCCAAGACGCCCAACGACGCAAUCGCCUUCUUCAUCUACGCGUGGGUCCUUGUGCAGGGCCCUGUGGCCGUGCAACGCCAGUUGUUGUCUCGAGCGACCGAGAUGGCGCUACGACGACUGGGCCGCCGCCUCUGUGCUGUCGUGCGACUGCAGGCGACGCAUCGCGGCUACCGCGCCUUUACUCAAUUUCGCCUCUUGCGCUGGCGAACGAUACGACUGCAAGCGCUCUGGCGCUGCUACGCCCAGCGACGUCGGUACCUUGUGCAGCUUGCUGCCCACCACGCGAGACUCCGGGCCGCGCUCGAGAUGCGAAGCGCUCUCGUCCUUGUCUGCUUUGUGCGCCGAAGUCUCCGACGCAAAGCCGUUCAAGCCCAAGUACAGCGGGACCGACAAGUGCGCGCGGAGAAAGCAGCGUUCUGGCACGACCGCCGUCUUCGCCGGCGGCGCCAUGAACGUCGGUGGACCGGUGCGAUCACGGUCUCUACCCACAGACACCUCAGCACUAGACUGCUCGUGUCCCUGCACCGCGACGCGCGCCAGCCCACCGUCGCAACCCUCUCGGCGUACAACCCUAUCACGUCGGCUGUCUAUGUCCUCCACAUUUCCACGUCGCUAUUGACCGAGCAUCUUUGCCUGCCAGCGUCCGCGUCGAUGGCUCUGACGCUAAGUGCAUUGACUCCGCGGCUGCAGCUCGUGCCUCCAAGUACCCUGCGCCUCUCGGUCAAACCCGUGACGUACCGGCGUGGCGAGUGCGUCCACUUUGGCGUCUGGUGCUUUGAGCCGGCCUCCGUUGGGGCUCCGCCUGCAUCGCCACCUCUGUAUCGCAUGAUUGUCGAGGCGUACCGCACCACGGGGCUCGUGACCCUUCGCAUCUACAACCCACGAGACUCGUUUGUGUGGCAGACGGUGCAACCAUACCGAUCGCCCACCGAUGUGAUGACGUACCUCCACCGACUGCAUGUGAUUGCAACGGCGGAGGGCGGCUACACACUCGCCACGACCGACGACGUCACAGCGGCGGCCAAGGGCCUCGUGGCGCUCGCCUGCCAGUGCCACUACCGGCGCCGUCGCGCACUGCAGCGCGCGAUUCAACAAGCGUGCGACCAAUGGGUGCGCGUGCAGGUGCGCAGCACGUACGAAUAUGUCCACCGUGUUUCGGGGUGGUGGCGCACCUCGUCGCCCAAGCUAUUGACAAUAUUUCUAUCGUCCUCGACGCCAACACACAGCAUGGUCGAGUACCAGCACAUUCGCAACACGACCCAAUGGUUUGGUGGCGGACCGUACUACAUUUACCCUCGGCGCGCGCGACGCGUGCGGUUGUCGCUUCCGGACGCCGCCGUCGUGGUGCAGAUCUGGUUUCGCCACCAGAUGUUCAACCACAACUUUCGCCAGUGCGUGCGGGCUCUUGCUCACACCCAGCGCUUCGACAACCAAAAGCCGACAUUGCCGAUCGCGGUGCACGAUCUCUCAACCUUGCACGUCGCACUCGCCACGCACUUGGGCCAACUCGAAGCGCGGACGCAUGCCGCCUUGCUCUACGAGUACGCCAUGCGGCUCUGUUUCUCGCAAGAGCGCAGCCUCGCCGACACGGCGCUUGUGCACUGCUGCGCCAGUGCCUUCUGGCUCGCGACCGAGACGGCGCCACAUUGGCGGCGGUGGGCCCACCUCCAACUCCAGCGCUACGGUCGCCAUCUCCACCGGCCGUCGGUCGACUCGAUCGAAUAUCUCUUUUACCAGACGGCCUAUCUGCACCGACCGACGCACCCGCUGGUGCUCGAGAGCUUUGCUGUCUUUUUAGAUCGUGUGAGCCAUCGACCGGGUCGGGCGCUCGAUGUAUAUACGCAGGCGCUGGCGCGGUCGCCGUCGCCAAUGCUGUUGCUCAACUAUGCAGCAUUUCGAAUGCGAUACCCGGCGCUUACACCCGUGUCAACUGUGUGGACGGCCAAACCGCUCGGCGCCGACGGCCUUGUCGAACCUACGUACCCCACGCUGACGGUGACGCGGCGUCUCGAGGUGGCGGCAGCCGUGCUACAGCGCUGGCUCCGCAAGAGGACGCAGCGGUACCUCUUCUUUCCGACGCUGACCGAAGCGGUCUGGGCACUGCAGACCAACACGUUUGCCGAGGCCCGGUACAUUGACGACCGGCACUCGCAUCGGCGCAUGCUGACAGUCGCUCUCCACAUUCAUUUUGUGCUGCAUGAUGCUGACCGCGCCAAAGCGCUCUACCACACCCUCUUGACAACGACCCCGAACGAGCCUCUAGUUCGUGGGGCUUUGCUUCUCGAUGCGUUUGCACAAGCGUACUUGCCGCAGGCGAUGACGCUUCAGUUGCAGCAGCUGCGACGUCAGCGCAUCGAUUGGUCUCCGCUCGAGAUGACGUCGCUGCGAUUUGCUGUCGUGACGCGACCGCACGCGUGUCGCACAUGGCUCUACUAUGGUCUCUACCGCCAGCUCUUUUGUGACGACGUCGACGUGGCCGAGCGGCUCCUGUGCCGCGCCUCGCGCCUCGCGUCGACGCCGACCGAGUCGGCUCAAACCCACGCGGUCUAUCUUCGUUUCCAGCGCCAGCGCAUGCUGGGAGCACUCUGGUCGGGCCAAGGGCCGUCGCGAGGCUUGUAUUGGAGCCAACACUCGCGCGCGAUCGCCCGCAUCGACGUCUGGUACCGCAUGGAGCACCACGUUGAGCGCCACCCAGGCCAAAGCCGGCUGCGUCGUCUUUUUUUCUGGGUCCACGCACCGACGGGCCAACGCGUGUGGGAGCGACUGCUUGCGAGCGCACCCCAUCGCGCUACAAUGUCGCCGGAUGUUGCCGCGGCUAUGGACACAAUCGUCGCAUGUGAAGCGCAACGCCGGGCCGUGGAGACGCUGCAGACUUGGUGCCGGGUAUGGACGCAACGCCGGCACUAUUUGGGGUACCGUAGUCUUGACGACUACUUGCCACAACCCGCAUCGGAGUCCUUGCGGCGCGCCCUCGGCCUUCACUUUGAGCUGGGUCGGUGGCGCGACGCCCAAGCCCUCUACACGGCGGCGGUGUAUGCAGAUCCAACCGACGCACUCGCUGUCGGUGGUCUCUUGCUCGUGCUCGGGGCGCAACGCCAGUGCGAGAAAGCUUUGCGUUGGCGACGGCACUGGCAAAGGUUGGCGACGCGCGCCGACGCUGCCCUGCUGCUGCUACUGCACAGCCAAGCGGCUCUCACGGCCCAUCCUUGCAUAUGGUGGGGCAGGCUCAACUACGCUCUCUGCUUGCAGUACCUUACGCCGCGGCUGGACGUGGCCGAGCGCGUCUAUAGCACUAGCCUUUUGAACUUUCCUGCCGCCAAGUCUACUCUCUCCGAGAUGCACCAACGCUUUCUACAUGCACGGCGGUGGCGAGGACCACUGCAGGGGACGUCGCCCUCCUAUAUGCUUGGUGCUACCAAGACGCUUCUCGUGUCGCACGAUGCGGCGGAUUCAUUGGCUCCGUGGACGCGCUGCCACGUUGACCGCAUCACGUUCUGGUACAACACCAAGACAGAGCGCUAUCGAUGGCAUUUGCCCGAGGCGGUGCGUCGGCGUCAUUGGCAGCUGGCGGCGCGGCGGCUCCAAGCGUGGUACCGGCGGUCGUGGGCGAGGCCUCUCUUUGUGUGGACGUCUUCGCCCGCCCGCCUCUCGGGUGCCAAGUCCCUUUGGGACACCUUUGCGUCGAUCGAGCAGCUGCUGCAGUCGUACGGAACCGAGACGACGGCGCGGGAUCCUGUACAGUUGCGCUGUGGAGGACUUGCGGCAGCGCUCGAGUUGCCGCGCUGUGACGCCGCCCGCGUCAUGCUCACGACAGCGGCCAGCCUGGAUCCGACGACGGCAACGUGGCAGCUCCUCGGAGACGUCGUCGCUUUCGCGCGCGUUGCCAGCCCGACGAACGGCUUGGCCCUUUUCGUAUCGGGCGUUGUGCACCAGUACAUUUCCGAUUUGCCCGUGCUGGCAGUACGCUACUACUGGCGCGCACUCGCAGUCGCACCAGCGCUUGCCCCUCUGGUGACGGAGCACGAGGGGCAUCUGGCGUCGACGUCUGCGUACAAGAUCGUCUCGCUCCGUGCAAACGCACACAUGAGUGCGACGGUAUUUGCGACCGGGCCACGAUCUAUCGAGCGACGGCGGGUACUCGGAGCCGCCUUCUCUUUCUACUGGUGGGAUCGUGUCGCCCGCCGGGUGUUUCUAGCGCCAAAGCGUCUUCUCUACUGCGCUCCGAUCGCGGCGUGCACGCUCGACGAGCUCGCAACGCGCCUUCAACGCUGGGUUAAGCAGCAUGCCAUUGGCACCCAUACGAUGGCGACGCGCUUGUACCACAACUUGGCUUUUCUUCAGCCUCCGGCUGCGGACGUCAACAACGACGACGACGAUGAAAUGCUGCAGCUCGUCGCGCACGGCUGGUCUCAGUCGCCUUCGGAAUGGCUCUCGCGCUUGGCCGCGGCCCAACUACGGUCGUCCAGCACGACUGAGCUGCAGCUAUGCUUGGCACUGGGCUCGAUUCUCGAUACGCGCACGCUGUUUCUACCUCGGGCGGUGCGCAUCUUUCAGUCGCUUCAAGCUGCAGGAACGAUGCGACUGCGCGAGUUGAAGCUCUGGCGCGCACUCGCGUGGCACUUGGUGGGCAACCCCCGCCAUGUCGACGCACUCGUUGCCGCUGGCGUCCUUUGCUACCACGUGGCCAAGGACGUCCGGGAAGCGUACAACUUCUUUAGCAAAGCGCUCGAUAUCGAGCUCACAACGGUGCCCACGGUGUCGCCUUGUUAUGAGUGGCUAUACCAGCUUUUGGCGCGCGACGGCUACAGGUUGCGCUACGCCGGGCCGUCCAUAGCUAUGCAGGCGCAGGCGCGCGUUGUCCUCUCGACAACCAGUACAAAGCGGCUCGAGAUUCAUAUGGCGGACGCGCGCACGCUGGGCUUCUAUGUGCACAUCGAACAAGUCUUCUGGCGACUCCCAGCUGCGCUUCAAACCCAGUUUAACGCGGAGCGCUGGGAUGUGUCGGCGCCUCGGCACUUUGCUGCGGCGGCGCUGGUCGCGCGCUGGUGGCGACGCCGCAUGUGCAUUUACUACCAUGUCAUGCGUCGCUUUGCGCCGUGCUUGCGUACCGCCGUGGGCUUGGCGAGAGACUACGUGCGAGAGGCCGACGCCAUGGCGCCGCUGGAGCGUGCGCUCUACGUCCUAAGCUUUCUCGGGGAUACUCAAGAGGCGCAAAAGAGCUUGGAAGUACUCAUGCGUGAGACGCCAAAUGAGCCUCUGGUGCUCUACGGCCUCGCCCUUAGCCUCCUGCAGUGCGAUACAGAAAGCCUCGAGGUCCCGCAGCAAGUACGCGACCUCCUCGUGCGCGCCGCCGAGCUCGAUCCGAGGCGAGAGGUACUACAGGCGGCAUGGCGCACGUACUUCGCGCCCGCCCUCCGAGUGCACCCCGAUACUGCGCUACCGUGUGCUCUGCUCUUGAGCGAGUUUGUCAAGGGCCCAGACCAUGUCGUGGCUGCCACUUAUCGCUGGCUUUGCCGUCAACGCCACGUUCCGUGGUCGGUGCAUCAUUAUGUGCGUCACCUCGUCGAGUCGCGCGACGGCGGCUGGCAUCCCCGCGGCGGUCCUCCUCGCCAUCGGCUCAAGUACUCGCUGCGCCUAUCGACCGUGUUGCACUGUCCGUCAUGGUCGUUGUACUUGGACCCGACAGCGUUGCACCAGUGCUUGCAGCUCUACUGGUACGAUGCGACGUCGAACUUGACGUACUGGACACCGCCCGCGUCGUCGCAUCGGUCGCACGUCCCCGCGUCUCUGGCGGUGCAGCAUGCCAUGGCGCGGCGGUUACAGCGCUUGUAUCGGCGCUACGUGCGACCCAUUGUGACGGUGUCGCUGUAUUAUCUUGUGCAAGCGCUGAAGUACCAUGCCACGGUCGAGGCCAAGUACAAGGCCGAGCCAACACGUGCGGCAGCGAUCAUCAACUACACGCUACACGUACAUACCUUCCAGCGCAAUGGCCGCACCACCAAGGCGCUGUACCGUGACGCGCUAAAAGUGAGUGCCCACCCCGUCCUUUCGUGCGCCUACGCCAUUCACCUGCUCGCGACGUGCCAAGCGCCACGGCUGCACACUCUCGCAGAGGCGAAUCAGCGCAUUGCCGACGCCAAAGCUGCAACCAACGACGCUCGCUUCUUUUCGUUGGCCCUGCACGCCUUCUUCCACUACGCGGUCCUCUACGAUCCCAACGACCCAACGGCAUGGCUUCACUUGGCGCUGGUGUUGGACCACAUCUACGACGACGUCGACCGCGCUGAAACGUGCUUUCUUCAAGCGCAGACGCUGGCGCCUUCAGACCCUUGCAUUACCGAGAACUACACUGCGUUUCGCGCCGCACUGCCGCGUCGUGACGGACCGACGCGCCGGCUACAGCAGCGCGCUAAGUGCGUUCUCGCGUUGAGUGCCGAGUGGCACUACAUGAAGCUUUCGUCCGAGGACGUCGCGGCCAGCAGCGCGCUCUCACGCUUCUUUUGGUACAACCGUCUUCGCGCGCGGGCGUACUGGCGGCUGCCGACCGCGCUCGGGCCGUUGCUGCGCGCCACAGCGAGUCGACGUUCGCGUGUCGAAGCGUGGUCCACCGUCAUGGAUACGUAUGCUACGCGUCUCCAGCGGUCAAUGCGGCGCUGGCUGUUUUUGCAACGGGGGCUUCUGAUGCACCCCAAGGAUACGACGGCGCGCGCUACUCUCGCGGCGCUCGAUGCCUCGCCCUUGCACCGUGCAUUACGAGCGCAUUUUAUCGAGCUCGACGUGGUGUCGGCCCGAGGACUCUACGAGCCGCUAAUGCGCACGCGACAGCCACCCGGCGUCGCCCUGUACGCUUACAGCCUCCUCCUGCUCAGUCAGCGCGCAUCGAGCGACCAAGGACGCGCGUUAAUGGCGCGGGCAACUGCAUCCUCGACGCCGCCUUCGAUGCUGGCCUGGCUCGGCCAUCUCUUGCGCUGGAGCGUCGUGCUAUGGCCAAGUCGCAGUACGGCGCUCGUGCAAAGUAGCCUCUACCACGAGCUCGUGCUCGGUGAUCUCGGGGCCGCACGCUUUCUCUUGGCCAGGGCUCUGCGCCUUGACGCCAACGACGCCUAUGUGUUGGACCGACUUGCUGCGGUGGACGCGGCGCGACUGCGCGUUGGCAGUCUUCCGCUGCAGACGGCGCACGCCCACUCGACGGUGGUUGGCCUCUGCGGCCACUGGCAAGAACGCGCUUGGGCGCUGUCGCCCCACCAGCACGUGCGCUACUGGGUCCACGUCGUAACGGGUCAAACGACGACAACGAUGCCUUAG